AUGCUAUCGGCUGCCUUCAUGGCGUCGAUGGAAACAGCGGGAUACACUCCACUGAAAACUCCCAACGGAAUGGCUGCUUACAGAGACUCGGGUAGCGCCCUAUUCUCUGGUCCAGAUGGCGAAGUGACCACCCGCCAAGGGAUGAAGCUGGAUACCAAUGCACAAGCAUUCGACGAGUUCAAUGGGCCAGUGAGGAUGUUCGAAGGUGGGAUGGCGCAAUCCGAUGGAGAUGGAGUACCCAUCUACCUGGAUGUGCACAACCAACCAUGGUCACCUCCCGCGCUGACCAUAGCGCAGAUGGGUCUGGAGUCACUCACGUAUGAGGCAGCAGAGCAAACACUAUGGGCCAACGACUAUCUCAACCACACCAGUACAACAGGUGAACGUCUGUACGAUGCGCAGGGAUUGCCCUUCUUUGUGGGGCCUACACAAGAACUCAUCAAUCUCGUGGGCGAGUUGGCUGUACCGGGGGCCCAGUCGUUCUACCUGGAUGGUACGGCCGUGACUAUGCUGAACGAACAAAUAGAGACUAUUGCACUCGAUGCCUAUGGCAAUACAGCCACAGAGACUGUGCUGCCGUACACGUACGACGAGAGUGUCCUGACUGCGAUGUCCAGUGCGCAGUAUACACCUCAGACAAACCAAUUGAGCGAAGCUAUGUUCACCAAAUCGGGAUUAGGCGUGUUUAUAGGUCCCAAUGAACAUGUAGUUGUCAGUAGCGGUACCGAUAUGAAAGCGGGACAGGUGGUCUACACGGAAUACGCACAGCCCAUGCACUACUACACCGGUGAUGACUGGUCCUAUACCAACGGCAGCCCAGACUAUCUGGACGCGUUCAACAACCCCGUAGCAGUGCAGGUCAAUGCUGCCCCCAUGAUCAGAGUCGAGACUAUGCAGGAGAUGGCUGCUCAGGGCUUCUCUCCACAUUUCUCAUUUUAUGGUCUGGCGAUAUUCGACACGAACGGAAGUGCUCUCUUCAGCAACCAACAAGGCGAUGUAUUGGAUCGGUUCUUUAGGCCAUGCGUGCGCGGUGAGAAAGUAUUCGAUAUGUACCACGGUGGCUUACGUGCCAUGGAUGACAACAUGACACCUGUCAAGGACAACGACCUGCAGCCUGUGUGGCUGGAUGCUUACCUGGAUGUGAUCGUAGCGCGGGUCAACCUCACCGCACUACAACUGGACACCCUGACUAUGGAAGAAGCCGAGGCUGCCCUGCUUAAAGCGAGAUACGAAUACCGGUACAGCCCCAACCAGGAGCGUCUGUACACCAAGAGAGGGUAUCCACUGUUCAUUGGUCCAUACGACAGUGUGGUGGAUGUGAUUGGACGACAGGCGCCCCACCACGUCCCCGUCUUUCUGAGUGAUGGAAGUGCGGUACCGCAGAUGACGGCCGAACGCUUACCUAAAGUCACGGACUCGGGCUCCGUAUACAUAGAUGCAUAUUGGAAUGACGUUACAACUCCAAUGUUGGCGUCAUUGUUUUCUAUAUCGGAGGAAACCAUCGCAGAGAUGGCAGCCAAUGAAAUGCGCCCGCACACGGGACCCUCCAACCAGCUGCUCUUCGAUUACGCAGGGAAUUGUCUAUUUUUAGAUUCCUCUUUAAUUGUCCACUCCGCUGUCGGGCGGGUGCUGUCCGAAGGCGAAGUAGUGUACGACGGUGAACACACGCCUACGCACAAGAUGAACGGCAGUGAGUGGCAGUACGAGGGGCGUCUUCCUGUGUACAUGGAUGCCUAUUGGAAGCCUGUGACACCUGUUCCGGGUAAACUACCCCUCAUCAGCAGCGAACAAGUACAAGCGCGCGGGGCGGCUGGGUUUGUCCCGUUAAUGAACCCCGCUUCGCAGUACGUUUUCAAUUACGCCGGCAGUUUGCUAUUCAAGGAGACAGCCUCAGGCAACGUCACAGACAGAUUCGGCGUAGCGCAGCCCGAAAACUCUGUCGUGUUUGACGAGUUCGGAGGACCGGUCCGGUUUUUCGCUGAAGAAGGUGCACCGGUGGUAGACACUGAGGGCAAACGCGUGUUUGUCGACGCGUACUCCAAUGCGGUUGGCUACACUCUACCCAAUCCCUUUCAGGAAAUGAUUGACGAGUUGCUGGCCAAUGGCUAUGUAGAGCUGUUGAACCCCACAACCGGUGCAGCUAUCAUCAACCAAGCACAGCUACCACUAUUUCUGGGAACCGACGGCUCUGUACUCACGGUAGCCCAGGAGGUGUGUGCAGCAUGA